AUGUCUGCUUCGGCCUUGUUGAAGAGCCGUGUACGGCGCCCAUCGUAUCUGAAGAAGCUCGCCAAAGCCGAGGAUCUGAUUCACCACUUCCCCAAUGGCACGUACAUUGGUUGGUCCGGAUUCACCGGUGUCGGUUAUCCCAAGAUGAUCCCCAAUGCGCUGGCCGAUCACGUCCAGACGAACAGCCUCGAGGGAAAGCUGAAGUACAACCUGUUUGUCGGUGCCUCCGCCGGCGCAGACACCGAGAGCCGUUGGGCGCACUUGAACAUGAUUGAGCGCCGCAGCCCUCACCAGGUUGGAAAGGAAAUCGCCAAGGGAAUCAACACCGGCCACAUCAAGUUCUUCGAUAAGCAUCUGAGCAUGUUCCCUUCGGAUUUGGUCUAUGGUUGGUACACUUUGAACAAGCCCAAGCCCACUAUCGACGUGGCUAUCAUUGAGGCUACUGCCAUCACCGAGGACGGUGGCAUCAUCCCCGGUGCUUCCGUCGGUGCUUCUCCCGAGCUGAUCCAGAUGGCCGAGAAGGUCAUCAUCGAGGUCAACACCGCCAUGCCCUCCUUCGAGGGUCUGCACGAUAUCACCGGCACCGACCUCCCCCCCUUCCGCAAGCCCUACCUCGUCACCCGUCCCGACGACCGCAUCGGAACAACCUACAUCCCCGUCGACCCGGAGAAGGUUGUGGCCAUCGUCGAGUCCGACUAUGCCGACAAGACCACGCACAACUCCCCCGAAGACGAAGGCUCGCAAGCCAUCGCCUCGAACCUGAUCGAGUUCCUCCAGCAUGAGGUCAAGCACGGCCGUCUCCCAACCAACCUGCUCCCCAUCCAGUCCGGCAUCGGCAACAUCGCCAACGCCGUCGUAGGCGGUCUCAGCAAGGGCGGCGCUGACUUCAAGAACCUAACCGUGUGGACCGAAGUCCUGCAAGAUGCCUUCCUCGACCUCUUCGAUAGCGGCAACCUCGACUUCGCCACCGCGACCUCCAUCCGCCUGUCCCCCGACGGCUUCAAGCGCUUCUACGCCAACUGGGACCGCUACGCGCCCAAGAUCCUCCUGCGCUCGCAGCAAGUCUCCAACUCCCCCGAGAUCAUCCGUCGUCUCGGCUGCAUCGGCAUGAACACGCCCGUCGAAGUCGACAUCUACGCGCACGCCAACAGCACCUGCGUGAUGGGCUCGCGCAUGCUCAACGGCCUCGGCGGCUCCGCCGAUUUCCUGCGCAACUCCAAGUACAGUAUCAUGCACACCCCGUCCGCGCGUCCCACCAAGACCGAUCCCACCGGUGUCAGCUGUAUCGUUCCGUUCGCCACGCACAUCGACCAGACCGAGCACGAUCUUGACGUUAUCGUGACCGAGCAGGGUCUUGCUGAUGUUCGUGGUUUGUCUCCUCGUGAGCGUGCCCGUGUUAUCAUCAAGCACUGCUCGCACCCUGACUACACUCCUAUCCUGACGGAUUACCUUGACCGUGCGGAGUUCGAGUGUCUGCGUAAGGGUAUGGGUCAUGAGCCUCAUAUGCUCUUCCAGGCUUUCAACAUGCACAAGAAUCUGCAGGAGAAGGGUACCAUGAAGAUUGACUCUUGGGAGUAG